UUCUUGCAUCAUGGAAUUUACUGAAAGAUUAAAAGUAUACUUCAUAAUGUAUUAUGAUAAGUAAAAUCUUUAAUUUGUAAAUGGAUGAUUCCUUAGAAAGUAUUUCUUAAAUCUACGAUUAAUUGAAAGGCAAUAUGAGAAAGGUGCCGAGUAAACGUAGUCUUACAAAAUUGCCACUCUCGCGGCUGCCGCAGAAACCGUACGGAUUCUGUUGCGAGGAGAAGGAUCAGGAUCCUGAAAAACGCUAUGAUAUGAGAAACCCGCCGUUUGCGUCAUCCUUGACGAAUGUCGUUCUGAGUAACGGCGGACCCGGAGUGAAAUUUCGUGUACAGGACAUCGGUCCGCCGCCGUAUCCUAUUCAACGCAGAAUUCUCGAUGCUAAAGGUAGAGCUUAUCUAGGACGGUGCAGACGAUGUCGGGGUCCCCUACGAUGGUUCCUAGAGGAUGAAAUUGCGCUCGCGCGCGAGUUCCUCGCUAAGGAGAAACGUGAUAAUUACAAUGCAACUGUCAAAAGGAAUUUAAUGAUUGCUAAACGAAAGGCCAGAGCACGCAGCAGUCGUAAAAAAAGGAAUUUGAAGAUUGACUUCUGAAAUUACCAGAAUACUCAACAAUUCAAGAAAUAAUAAAUAUAUGUUGUUUUUCAAAGAAAAAUCCGUUAUACAC